AUGGCACCAGUUCUCAGCUUCCUCAUUGGCUCCUUGUUGGCUGCGCGGGGUCUCGCAGAGCCGUUCGAGAAGUUGUUCGCAGUUCCCGAGGGAUGGAAGUCCUCAGGCGCAGCAGCGGACUCGCAGGUCCUCAAGCUGCAAAUUGCGCUCCAGCAGGGAAAUCCGGAGGCCUUCGAGCAGCAUGUUCUGGAUGUAUCGACGCCUAGCAACAAGAAGUAUGGACAACAUUUUGAGUCUCACGAAGAAAUGAAACGCAUGCUGCUCCCUAGCGAAGACGCGUCAUCUUCCGUAGCCGCAUGGCUUCAGGCUGCUGGUAUCGAGGACUUCGAGCAGGAUGCCGACUGGGUGACCUUCAAGACCACUGUUGGCGUUGCCAACAAGAUGCUCGAGACGAAGUUCGCAUGGUUCACCAGCGAUGAGGCCAAACCGCGCAAGGUCCUUCGCGCCCUCGAAUACUCCGUGCCUGAAGACGUUGCUUCGUACAUCAACCUCGUCCAACCAACCACUCGCUUCGCCGCCAUCCGUGCGGACCACGAGACCGGGAAGGAGAUUUUUGGUCUCCAGCGCAUUGAAGUUGCUGCCAACGCGAACGUUACUGUUAAUUGUGAUACUGCCAUCACACCCCAAUGCUUGAAGCAGCUCUAUAAGAUCGAUUACAAGGCCGACGCCAAGAGUGGUAGCAAGGCUGCCUUUGCCUCGUACCUCGAGCAGUAUGCCCGCUAUAACGACAUGGCUCUCUUCGAGAAGAACAUCCUUCCGGAAGCGGUCGGCCAGAACUUCUCCGUAAUCCAGUACCACGGUGGUUUGAACGAUCAGAACGCCUCCACUGACAGCGGCGAGGCCAAUUUGGACGCCCAAUACAUGCUCGGUUUGGCCCAGCCGCUGCCUAUCACCGAGUUUAGCACCGGCGGUCGCGGUCCCUGGGUCGCCGAUCUUGACCAGCCUGAUGAGGCUGACAGCGCCAACGAGCCCUACCUCGACUUCCUCCAGAACGUACUGAAGAUGUCGCAGAAGGACCUCCCCCAGGUCAUUUCCACCUCGUACGGUGAGAACGAGCAGAGCGUCCCCAAGUCGUACGCUCUCUCCGUCUGCAACCUUUUCGCUCAGCUCAGCUCCCGUGGUGUCAGCGUCAUCUUCUCGUCCGGCGACUCAGGUGUUGGUUCCGCCUGCCAGAGCAACGACGGCAAGAACACCACCAAGUUCCAACCUCAAUAUCCUGCCACUUGCCCUUGGGUGACCUCUGUUGGAUCCACGCGCCACUUAAACGAGACGGCCACCUACUUCUCAUCUGGCGGUUUCUCUGACUAUUGGAAGCGCCCCUCAUACCAGGACGAUGCCAUCAAGGCCUACUUCCACACCCUCGGCGAGAAGAACAAGCCCUACUUCAACCGUCACGGCCGUGGCUUCCCCGACAUUUCUGCCCAGGGUGUCGGUUAUCGUGUUUACGACAAGGGCGUGCUGGCAGGCUACCAAGGCACCUCUUGCUCUGCGCCAGCUUUUGGUGGUAUUGUUGCUCUCCUCAACGACGCACGUCUCAGGGCUAAGAAGCCUUCGCUCGGAUUCUUGAACCCUCUCCUGUACUCUAACCCUGAUGCUUUGAACGACAUCGUCCUCGGAGGUAGCACAGGUUGUGACGGUCAUGCCAGGUUCCACGGUGCGCCGAAUGGCAGCCCAGUCAUCCCAUUCGCUAGCUGGAACGCCACUGCAGGCUGGGACCCCGUAUCGGGCUUAGGUACGCCUAACUUUCCGAAGCUGCUCAAGGCUGCUGUCCCCAGCCGCUACAGGGCCUAG